CGUCUGCUUGCGGAAGUGGUGGUUGUUGUGGACACUGUGCAUGGCGAGUGGUCCAUAACGGAAGAGAAAUGGCAAAAGUCCAGUCUCUGAAGUGUUUUAGGUGAGUGUGUGAUGUUGACGAAGCCCGAAGAGACGCCAGGAAACAUCCGCGACGCCGUCCUGCUAACUUACAGCUAACAGCUAGCAGAGGAAGCCAUGGCGGAGGCCGGAGCCCAUCUGACCUCCACCGCUGCGAACGAGCAGCCGUCGAUCUUUGAGGUCCUGGCACAGGAGUCUCUGAUGGAGGCGGUCAGACCAGCACUGAGACACGCCGUCAAGGUUCUGGCAGAGUCCAACCCGCCCCGUUUUGGCUUCCUGUGGCAACGCUUUGAUGAGCUCUACCUGCUGCUGGACCUCCUCCUCCAGAACCACUUCCUGUCUCACUGCAGCGCCUCCUUCUCUGAGAACUUCUACGGCCUGAAGAGGGUUUCGGUAGGGCAAGGAUUUCCUGUUCGUCUGGGGCUGCACAGGAAGUCACACUGGCGCUCUCUUCUUCUUCUGUGCCUGGUGCCGUACCUGCGGGCCAAGCUGGAGGCGACGCUGGCUCGGCAGAGGGACGAGGAGGACUUCUCCAUCCGGCUGGCUCAGACCAGGAGCCAGAGGCUGUACCGGGCAGCCGUGGCAGCCUACCCGUACGUCAGCUCAGCCUGGCAGGCCUGGAUCUUCAGCCAGCAGCUGCUGUUUGUCUUCGGAGUCGCCAGGACCCAUAAUCCCCUGCUGUGGCUGGCCAGGGUCAGACUGGCACGACUUAACGCUCAAGAUAUCAGAGACAUGGAGCUGAAGAUCAGCAAAACUGGCAGCCCAGCUGAGGGGAGCCUGCUGCAGAGAGCGUGGUGGUUGAUGUCACAAGCAGCGAGGGGCGUGGCCGUGUCCCUCUCCACCUCCCUCUCCAUGGGCGUUUUUUUCCUGCAGUUCCUGGAGUGGUGGUACUCCUCAGACAACCAGAGCACCGUGAAAAGCCUCACCUCCCUGCCCGCUCCCCCGCCCCCCCUCCACCUGCAGGAGGAGCAGAGCGGCCGGGAGCCUCCAUCCAUCUCGGCCAAUCACAGCGAAGAAACGCAGCCUGGCUCUGACAGCAGGAACUGCCCGCUGUGCCGGAGGCUUCGCACAAACGCCACGGUGCUGUCCACCUCUGGCUUCGUCUUCUGUUACCGCUGCAUCUACACGUACGUGAAAGCCAACCGCCGCUGCCCGGUCACCGGCUAUCCCACCGAACUGCAGCACCUCAUCAAGAUCUACUCGCCGGAGAGCUAGACCACAUCAGCUACACGACAUAUUCAAGUUCAGCUCCAGCGUGUGUGGAGUUUCCGACUACAAACUUCUUCAGAAAACAGUGGCCUUGUUUUUAAAAAGUAAAGCUGCCAUUAGCAGGCGAUGAGGCGGCUAGUUUCCCUCCCAGCUGAGUGCUGAAUGCUCAGGAGCUGCAGGGCUCUCUGUGUUGAAAUACUGUCUAUUUUAUGGGAUGUUUUCCUUUUGUAUAAAAUAAUCUUUCCAAUAUACUUAUAGUGUUUGAUACAUUGUUCAGUGAUGCAAGCUGAUGUAGAUGUGAUGCUGGAAUUCUCUUUAAGCUCACAUCACAUUAAUAUUUAUAAAUUCAUAAUUAAAUUGUUUUCUCAGUGGCAUUAAUUUUUUUUUUUUAAACUGCAGUAACUGUACAAAUGUCUCUGUUCAGCGUCCCAAAACCUACUGCAUGUACGGUGGCCUUACAGGCCAAAAUAUUAGCAGCUAAGCUAGCCAGUGGCUGGUUGGUGAAUGGGUGGCUUGAGUUUGUUCCUCUGUGUGUGUGUGUGUGUGUGUGUGUGUGACAGACAGCAACCUGACGCAGAUGGUUUCCUAUAGACUGAGUCCAGUUUUAGACUGGAUAUUUAACUUUGACUACUCAAAAAUAAAUAAAUGAGGGUUAAGUAUUGAUUAUUUUCUCAAUGAAUCUUUUGGUCCAUAAAAUGGUCAUCACAGUUUCCCAGAACAUAUACAUUUACAAAUGUCUUUGACCAGCAGUCCAAAGAAUCGUAAGAAGACAAGAAAACACAUCAAAUAUGUACAUCUGAGAAGGAACCAGUGGAAAAAAUGACUUAAAGGUAUAAAAUGUAAAUAAACUAAACUAAAUUUUAAUGUGGAAUAAACUUUUCUAAAAAGUCUCAACGACUACACCUAUGUUAUAUAUUACAUAAUCCAAAAUGUUUUCAACAAACCCAGAGAAAUCUGUUAUUUUCAUCAAGGUAACAGUACGUUUCCUUUGGUCGCUUGUCAAUGUCGUCAUAUCCCCUUAGCGCAUGCGUCAGCGUUGUAGUUGUCUGCCGGAAGCAGUCAUAAAUUCACCAAUUUUAAGCCAUAUUUUUACGAUACACUUUUGGAUCUUGGUCGUUUUUAAUUCUAUAUUUUAACCGGAUGAAGGAUUUUAGUCAUCGGACGUCUGGAUAUUAAUUUAUCAGAGAAACAAGCUGAGCAAACGUUCAGCAGGCAGCUCGGCUCACAGCCGAACUGGGACAUCCUUUGUCCGCCGAUCCACGUCGGAUAAACGCUGAUUUUCAACGUGAAACUGAUUUAUUCUGUGUUUUUAACGGUUUUAAUUAACUGGUCCAGAGGAAGAGACCUCUGCGGAUAAUUCGGCUCCCGGUAAAAAAAAAAUGAAAAAAAACCUCAACGAUUAACACUGAAGGAAUCCUAACCGGGAGACGCUGAGUGCAAUGACGGGAAUGGCGGUGAAGACAACUCCCAUGAUCCCACGCUACUACACGACAUCAUCACAUUACGUAUUUUGUUAUUGUUUUGACCCCUAGCGGCACAAAUUACAAAACAAAUACUAUAGUGAAUGAAUUUUUCUGUUGAUUGACUAAUGAAUUCAUGAACUAAUCGUUUCCACUCUAAAAUAAAUACGUUUGGAAAUCAGUAUUUCUCCUCCACAAUGUUAUAACUGGGGAGAGCUUUGAAACAGCACUGAAACUGUAAACUGAAUAAAUAAAACAUGAAAAAUCUUA